AAUUUGGUUUUUAGUAAUUUUAUUUAAAAACUUUAUAGGUUAAACCAGUGAUGAACAACCUUUUCUGGAUGUAGGCCACAAGUGAACUCUGUAGGCUUCCGAUAUAAAUUAUAAUGGAUUUACUGCCAGAAAAAAUUGCUCAACUGAUCCCAAAAGAAAGAAAUGACUUAAAAUUACAUGAAAUAGAAGAAGAAAUUGUUGGUAAAGUGAUAAGAUAUAAGAUUGAUAAUUUUGUAGACUUCCUAUUUCAAGAUUAUAAAAAUGAUCGUGAAGAUAAAUCAGAUGUUGAAGAGUACAUAAAUGAAGUACAAGCAAUUUUAGAUAUUACUUGGGAAAAACUUAAUACUGGAUAUUGGAAAGAUGUAAACUUGUCCUGGAGAUUUCUGUAUUCCUAUGCCACAUUGUUUAAGAUUUUAUUUGUUUUAAUAAGAAAAAAAGAUAACUAUCUGAAUGAAGCUGUCAAAGUAUGUGAUUAUGGUAUUAUUAUGGGUGCUCCAAUUUUAGAUAAUUUAUUGAAAAAAAUUGCUUCUGUUUUAGCAAAUGAUCUAAAACCUGUAAAAGAUGAUGAUUGUGAAAUAAUUCACGAACAUAAAAGUAAAAAGAGAACUCAUCAUAAAACAAUUAUUAUUCAAGAUAAAGAAAUAAUAAGAGUGAAAUGUCCUAGUUUAGAAAAAUUUAAAUCAAGUUACAUGGAUUUGAAACAACCUGUUAUCAUUGAAGAUGCUAUAGAUUAUUGGCCAGCAUUAUCUACAAAUAAAUGGAGCAUAGAUUAUCUGUUGGAGAUAGCUGGAUGUCGGCUAGUUCCCAUUGAAAUUGGAAACAGCUAUACAGAUAAAUUAUGGUCCCAGAAGUUAGUUACUUUAGAAGAGUUUAUUAAAAAUUACAUUUUAAAGUCAACAAAUGAAAUUGGAUAUUUAGCACAACAUAAUCUUUUUGAUCAGAUUCAAGAACUAAGAAACGACAUUGCAAUUCCUACUUAUUGUUCUCUUGCUGAGUCUGAAGAUGAAAUAGACAUAAAUGCAUGGUUUGGACCAGAGGGUACCAUUUCUCCAUUACACCAUGAUCCAAAACAUAAUCUUUUAGCCCAGGUUAUGGGAGAAAAAUAUGUUCGUUUAUAUGAUGAAGAAAAUACUCCCGUGCUUUAUCCACAUCCAAGUAAAUUGCUUGAUAAUACCAGUCAGGUUGAUGUUGAAAAUCCAGAUUUAAACAAGUUUCCGAAAUUCAGCUCAGGCCAAUAUCAAGAAUGUAUCUUAAAAAGUGGAGAAGUUUUGUACAUCCCACCUAAAUGUUGGCAUUACGUUCGUUCUCUUUCUGUCAGUUUUUCAGUUAGUUUCUGGUGGCAUUAAUUCUAUAACUGAGAAUAUUUAACUUUUACCAAUUCUAAAUAUCAUAUUUACAAAUUUUUAUGUAAAUAUUCUAUGCAGAUAUUCAUGUUUAUUACAAUAUUGUAAUUUAUUGUUUUAUAUUAAAACACAAUGAUUUUACUAGAUACUAAGAAGGCAGCAAGCAGUUUGAUUUUAAUAAUAAACAUGUUCUUAUAGUGCAUCGAGUGAAAUACUCCGAUUCAUUAAUACAAAAUUUCACUGUUAUAAUUAAUAGUGAAUUCAUAUUCAUCCUUAAUAUUUGUAUGUCUGUAAUACUACAUAUUUCGUAGAUUAUAUAUUUAUAUCUAGAAUUUUAUUUUUAGCUAUUUUUCUUAAAGUUUUUGGCAUCACAAGAAGCAAUUUCAAACAUUUUUAACCAUAAUUGUGUCUUUUACCCUAAUAGGAAUCUAACAGUACUAAUUAGUUGAUUAAUUUCAAGAAUAUUUCCUUGAAAAUUUUCAGAAUUAAAAAUGACAUCUGCAUAUAUUUUUUGUGACAAAAUUUUGUUAUAUUUGAAAGGAAAAAAAAGUGUUUAAUUGAAAUAUCAAUUUGCCACACACGCCAAAGAAAAAAUAAAUUGAAUUAUUUGGUUGUUUUGAAAAUAGUUAUUUAUUGUAAACUUGGCUUUUGUCUAAAUUUAUGUAAAAAUUGUACAAUAAACUGUAGAACUAAGAUUUGACAAAAAAGUUCAUAAAAAGACAGUCUGAUGGAGUACAAAUGACUUGUAGAUUUCAAACUUCCCUGCAUCUAUAACUCUAUAAAUUUAUAUAAUGGUAGUUCUGGUAAAUUACAUCAUAUAAAUGUGACUUUUUAAACAGGUUAAAAGAAGACAGAUUGAAAUUUCUGGAUUCAAACAGUUUAAGUUGGAGUAAAGAUUUCUGUCAUUUUACCAAACUUUGACAAUGUGUGAAAUUAUUUAACACUAAUUUGGCUGCCAUCAUUGAGUAAUCUGUAAUUAGCCAUAUUAUUUGAUUACUUGGUCUAUAAUUAUUGCUAAUUUACAAUAUUAUAAGAAUAAUUUCUCUGAAUAAAAAUGUUUCAUAACACUGGUUUUCAUAAACAUGGUAAAACUUUAGUCAGUCAACUAAACAUUUUCUGAAAUUAAUAUGAAUGAUGGCAGAGUUUAAAACUCCUAACUGGCAAUUAAAGGAUAGAAUUUAGUAAAAAUUCCAAAAAUAUUUAAAAUAACUUUAUAGACAUUCAAAAUAAAUAGGUUUAGUUCUAAAAUUUAUGUCUGUCCUAAAUGAAUGUGUUAUUAAGCUGAGAAUAUCUGAAAAAAAUGUAACUAUUAAUUUAAAGUCUUCAUUGAAAUGUUGUAAAAAAUUUAUCAGAUAUAAUUAAUAAAAAAAAUAUAGAAUGACUAAUUUCAAUAAGACAUUUUCCUCUAAUAUAAAAAAAUAAUUAAAAAAUCUGAAUUGAUUAACAUUUCCAUUUGAAUACAAACUUUAAUAGUACUAUUUAUUGUUUCCACUAUAUUCUUCGGUAAAAUAUACUAAUUAGCCUUUGUUAUCGAUUUUGCUUCACACUGAGAUAAAUGAACAAAGUAGUUAAAACAUAAGUAAUUUUGUAAACAUACCAUAUAUUUGCAAUUCAGAUGAUACAUCCAUUAAUAUGAACCACAUAAAAACCCUUUCUUAUGUAAAUGGGUAUAGUAACCAAAAAUUCUGUGCAUAUUACUAAAAGUUAUAUGUAGAGAAGCAUAUAUCUAUCUAUAUUUGGUUUAUGGCAUCUGACGUUGCCUUCCGUCUUCCAGGAACCUUCUCCAUCUCUUUAUCCAUACACCAUUCCUCUUUAAUCCCCUUUUCACUACAUGCUAACUUUACUCCAUCGUACCAAGUUUGCCUGGGUCUUCCUCUCUUUUCCCUUGUUUGUGGAAUGUUUUCCAUUGACAUUUUUGGGAGUUUCUCAUCACUCAUUCUUUUUUGCAUGUCCAAACCAAAUAAGUUAUUUCCUCUAUUUCUUAAAAAACCGUCUCCUUCAAUUCCAUUAGGUCUUUGAUCCUCUCGUUAGUUAUUCUUUCUCUUUUUGAGAUUCUGCAUGAUCUUAUCGAAAUUAUUUUUUCUCACGUUCUGAAUAUAAUCAUCCAAAUUGAUGGCUGAAAAACAUUAAAAAUCUUAGUUGCUUGUAAGAUGUUUUCCUUACAACAGGUUCUCUUUUUUCACAAUGCCUUAAAACAAACUGUCAAAUGAUAACUAAAUGUUUGGAAAAAUGUCAUCUAGCCAUUUUCAUGCAUGAAAAUCUUAAUUUUUCCUUGAUCCAUUCCCAUGCAGCAGAUUGAAUUUGGCAUCCAAUAAAAAAAAAUUGACUUUUCGAUACCUUUAAUUUUGGCAAUAACCAGAAGUCUGACAUUACCAGAGCUUUACUUUAUUAUUGUUCAGAUAUGGCAAUGGAAAUUAUCUUUGUUUCCUUAAUGCAGCAUGCUCUCAUGUUUUCAUGAUGCUAGAAAGACUUUCCUGGGCCAUACUCUGAAAAAGUAUGUUAAAUGCUUGUAAGAUUUUGCAAUACUUCACCAAAUUGGUCUUCUUUUGGCAUAUGUUUCAACACUAUCAAUCAGUGAUUGAAUUUUUGACUAGACACAACCAUUCUCAUUUAGUAGCCAUAAGUAUGUUUUUAUUCCUGCAUUUUUCAGAAUAUUGCUAUAGACCUUAUUUAUCAAUCAAUCGUUGUACAUUAAAAAAGCAAUAAGAUAAAUUUAAUGCUUACAUUUUCUCUGAAGACUUUGAUAAGUCAAUUAUGACCUUUGAUAUCAUACACAGAAAUUGGUGGAGUCUAUUUUGAAAGAUUUUCAUGAUUAUUAUCUAUAUCAAGUAAUUCUGUGCAUUAUUUUUGUAAUAUAGUUUGUUCCAGAAGCUGUGGUAGAUAGGUUUCCAUCAUAAAAAAUUGAGCAGCAAACAUACAGAGUAGAUAGAAGUGCACACUUAAUGUUAGAUCAAGCAUUUUACAUCUGUAAAUGCAAGUAGGAUUAAAAAAUUUAAGAAUUAUAUUCUACAAACCUUAUUCUUUUAAUCUGUCUGGAAAUGAAAUGUGUGUCAUGUUAUUUUUUUUUUUUAAUUUAUCACAAAUGCACUAUGUCUCAGUGAUGGAAUGAAAAUGCACUUAUGAUGGGCAAAAGUAUACACAUGACAAGGAAUUAAGAGAUCUUUAUUUUAUCUUGUAAAGUUGCUUGAAAUGAAAAAAUUGCUGUUGAAAUUGAAAAUAAGUAUAAUGUACAAAUGAAUAAUAAUCAUAUACAAAUUGAUCUUUUUAUUCGUAAUUUUGAACGGGCAUCGCGACACCAAGUUUUGCAAUCUCAACGCAUUAUUCAAUCUUCAUUGGCAGGUUAAGCGUAUUUUUUGCAUGUUAGGCAGAAUAUAUUUUUGUUUAUUGGUUUAGUUUUUUUCGAUCUUGGAAAAAGAAUGGAAAGAGCUUGACUUUCCAUUAGCAGAUGAACCAAAAAUGAUAACUUUUGCUUAAUAACUUGUCUAAAAGCCUAGUUGAUCUUCUGAAAUAACUGUUUUCGUUAUUUUUUCAAAUCUUCUGUUAUGACUUCCAAAAUAGUUUUAAAUGAUACACUUAUAAUUAUUUGACUUUUGUCCUUUUCUUCGUUGCUGUUCUCUACAUUUAGGAAGAGGUCUAAUAUCAGCAGGGGAGACAAAUAAAUAAAUAAUCAUGAAGGCCUUUAUCUUUUUUGAAGUACUGACAACAAAAUGUAUUCUAAAUCUGAUAAAUCUUUUGUAGACAGUUCACAAAACAGUAAACUGGUGGAUGGUGUAUUGAAAAUAACAAUUGGUAAAUUUAAAUGAGUGAUUGGAACCACAGUUCUGAUGGGAAAGUAGAUUUUUGUUUGAUAAAUCCAUAUCUUUUAGUAGCAGAUGGAUCAAAUUUGUCAUUAAAGGGUCAAGAGGAACAUUCCCACAUUUUAAAUGCAUUAACAGCCUUUCUAACUGAUACACAGCUAAGAUAAGCAGUCAAACAAUUCAGCUAAUUGGAAUUGUAAAAUGACUUGACCAAGAUUAUUUAUCAUACAAUGAUUACAUGUGUCAAAGGCGUAUAAUUUCAACAGCUUGAAAGAAAGCAUCUGUCAAAGCGGUUGCACUUUGUCUGCCGUGAGUGGGAUGGACAAUAAGUGAUUUUUAUUUUGGCAGAAAAAUAUAACUGCAUCUAAAGACAAUUGAGAUGAAAGAUUAUCAAAUAUAAAGAAAAUUGGGUUGUCUUUUGGAUCUGAAAGUGUUUUAUACACUCAAAAUUUGGUAAGGCACCACAAAAUUCAUCAGUUUUGGCUUUCUACAUUUUAUUUUAAAAAUUAGUGCUUGAGGAAUGUAGUUUCCACUAGCACUCAAUGAAUAGAUGACAGUAACUAGCUGGCCACUCUCAGUGAACUCAGUUUCCCCACAACUCUUUUGCCAGUGCUAGAAAUAAUGUUAUGAAUGUGAUCCAGUAUAGACUCAUCCAAGUUAUAAAUCCUGAGGUAUAAAUUUGCAUUUCACUAUCAGUUUAAUAAAGUUAUUAAAAAAUACUUCCAGCUGAACUUUGUUAAAUCCCAUGAUUCUAGCAAGACUUCUCAGGCCAAACUGCUAUUUUUACACGAAAGUUAAUGUCCAGUCUUUUCCUGUUAACUCGUCUCUUAGAAAUGGUGACUGAUGUUUCUUCUGCAAACUGGAGUACCAGUUUGUGCAAAUCUUUGAACAUGAGUUCAUAGAAGGAUGUGUCCAGAUCCUUAUAGUGACCAGCUAAAUCCCUCUUGUUGUGGUGUGAAUGUUAGUUUAAAUUGCUCCAUUUUUCAACAUCAACCUUUCUGAAAAACCAGUUUGGAAUGUGGUACUACUACAUGAUCAGAGUUGCAGGUUAAGUUAACCAAAUCUGUAGCAAUAAUAAAAUAUGCCUCUAACAUUUCCAGAGUGCAGGCCCUACGAUAAUUCCUGAAACAGUAACUAUAUUAUCAAUAUUUGGUUGAAAUAAAAAAUAAACAUUCUUUACUAUAAUUACUACUAUGCAUUAUAACAUCAACAGAUUUGAUAAAUAUUUUAUUAUUAUGUUUGUACAUGAUGUCAGAUAAAAGUUUUACUCCAACACUAUUCAAACAUUUGUUCCCACAUGACAUUGCUUUAGAUGGCAAAAAUUUUCAUUAAUU